GUCCUGAUGAUGUACGCAGCGUGCGACGGGGCAGCCUGGGCUCCGGAGUUGGCAGUAGCGGCAGGCACACAGAGAUGGCUGCGCCCACGGAGCGGUGCCCCGGCGGAGGACUCGCUGGGUGUCCGCGGACGGUGAGGUGUUGGUGGCGGCUCGCAGUGCUCCUGCUCUCCGUGUCCUCCCUGCCGACGGUCACCGCGCUGGUGGAGGGCCUGUACUGCGGCACCGAGGUCUGCUACGAUGUGCUCGGUGUCACCCGGGAGGCCGCCAAAGUGGAGAUCGCCCGGGCUUACCGGCAGCUGGCGCGCCGGUACCACCCGGACAGGUUCAGACCGGGAGAUCCCGGUUUAGAGGGGGAGACCUACGAGUCCGCCCAGAAGAAGUUUCUGCUCAUUGCGACCGCGUACGAGACGUUAAAGGAUGAGGACACUCGGCGGGACUACGACUACAUGCUAGACCAUCCUGAGGAGUACUACCAGCACUACUACGCCUACUACCGCCGACAGCUCACCCCCAAAGUGGACGUCAGAGUCGUCAUCCUGGUCACCAUCUGUGCCAUCUCCAUCUUUCAGUACUACAGCUGGCACAGCAGCUACAACGAGGCCAUCAACUACCUGGUGACGGUGCCAAAGUACCGAAUCCAGGCCACGGAGAUCGCCAAGCAGCAGGGCCUCCUCAACCGCACCAAGGAGAAGGGCAAGAACCGCCGCUCCAAAGAGGAGAUCCGGGAGCAGGAGGAGGAGGUGAUCCGCGACAUCAUCAAAACCAAGAUUGACAUAAAAGGGGGCUACCAGAAGCCCAACCUGUCGGACAUCCUGCUGUGCCAGAUCGUGCUCUUCCCCUACUACCUGACCACCUACGUGGCCUGGUACGUCUCCUGGGUUUAUCGCUUCACCAUCUGCAGGGAGGACUACGGAGACGAGGAGAAGCUCUACAUCAUCCGGAGGUACAUGAAGAUGUCCCAGUCUCAGUUUGACAGUCUGGAUGAAAACACCAAACAGUCCUACCUGGAGAAACAGCUCUGGAUCAAAGAAAACUACGAGGUUUGUCUCUUCUUGUGUUUGUCUUUCCAUCUUUUCCCUUCAACUUCAUCUGUCUUCUGGUCGAGGGGUGGGCGGUUGAGCGAAUAUACCGGCUAUUAGCAGUUGGCUGAGUCCAUCGU